CUCCCCAGCGCAGUAAUCGAAAUCAAGUCGCGAAUUCGAAGUCAUGCAGACACUCACCCACGCCUCCUGCCUUGCCCUGGCCCUGGUCCUCUGCUGCCUGGGCGCCGUCCACGCCCAGCCCCAGCGCGGUCUGCCUCCGCCGCGAUCCAACUCGUUCGAUGCCAACGCUGUGAUACUGAAGCAGAACUUUGACCUCAAUCCGGAUGGAUCGUAUCAGUACAACUACGAGACGAGCAAUGGAAUCCGAGCUGACGAGGCGGGUUACCUGAAGAAUCCGGGCACCCAAGUGGAGGCUCAGGUGAUGCAGGGCUCGUACUCCUACACCGGACCCGAUGGCGUGGUCUACACCAUCACAUACAUUGCUGAUGAGAACGGAUACCGUGCCGAGGGCGCCCACAUACCCACACCACCUCCCGUCCGCGCAGCCGCCGCUCCCGGCAGAUUCUUCAAAUAAUCAAGCAACCUUCAAUCUUCUUUCUUCAAGUUCUGAAUCAGAGAUGAAAGAUAAUAUAUUGGACAGAUAAGGAGAUCGAGAGAGUGAGAGAGAGAGAGCAGCUGCUCAUCAGAGGUACAUGCAUCCAUUUCCACCGCCCCCGUCAUUCCAUUCCAGCUGAGACACCAUCCUCCCUUCGUGCUUCAUUCGUGCAUUUCUACAGUCUUCCAAUCCAAUCCCCAACUCUAAUCUAUUCUACUUAGUGCUCUACGAACUGUGUGAGAUACGUAAUGUUUUGUAAGAUAUGUAAAAUCGAUUGUUAAUCGCAAGCUAAGCAAUAAAACGAAUAUUGCGCCAAUAA